ACCGAGUGUGCGGCGCGAGGCGUAGCGGCGCCCACAUGCACGCACACAAGUAAGACGUUCGCACGCACAACAGCGCGGUACCGUACGGCGCGUUACGUGUCGCGGGGUCGGUGGUUUCCGCAGUUUUUCCGACGAUGCUCUGGUGAUAGCGACGUUCUCGGCACCGUGACCGCGCCACCGAACGCCCCAUCGGGACCGCUUUCUAAACACGAAGUGACAAUGAGGCUUGCCGUGUGCAUUGUUUCCAUGCUGGUGCUCGGCGCAUCGGCCUUAGUACGUGUCCCGGAUAAUGUAGAAGUCCAAUCGCCGCCGCGAAUAUCCAAGCAGCCGCCGACGGACGAGCAGCUGUUUCAAGUGGCGCAAGCAAAAGUCAAUGAGAAUGAUAAGCCGUUUGUAAUUGAAUGCGAGGCGGAGGGAGAGCCAGCCCCAACGUAUCGUUGGAUUAAAAAUGGAAAGAACUUUGAGUGGCCGGCGUACGAUGAUCGCAUUUCUCAACAGCCUGGCAGGGGCACUUUGGUAAUCUCGAGACCGAGAGACGAAGACUUAGGACAGUACCAGUGCUUCGCCGAGAACGAAUGGGGCAUAGCCACGUCGAAUUCGGUGUUCGUUCGAAAGGCCGAAUUAAAUUCGUUCAAGGAUGAACCUCCACAUCGUGUAAGGGAGAACGAGGGUUCUCCCUUGAAACUUGUCUGCCAACCACCCGAUGGCUGGCCUAGGCCAAACGUGUAUUGGCUCAUUCAGGAUUUCGCCGGUGGUAUCAAGUCAAUCAAUAACUCGAGGAUGACGCUCGAUCCGGAGGGUAAUCUCUGGUUCAGCAACGUCACCAGAAACGACGCUUCGGAUGACUUUUAUUACGCCUGUGCCGCCACAUCUGUGUUCAGAAACGAAUACAAAAUAGGCAAUAAAAUUACGCUAGAAGUAAUUUCUACAGGCGCGUCCGCCAGCCAGAACAAGCACCCGCCUGUAAGACAGUACGUCACCAGGAAAAACGAAGUUGCUUUGCGCGGCAAGAAGGUGGAGUUGUAUUGCAUAUUCGGAGGAACGCCUUUGCCGCAGAUAGUUUGGAGUAAAAAUGGCGAAUUGAUCAGGCCGAGCGAUAGGAUAACUCAAGGAAAUUACGGGAAAUCUCUCAUUAUAAAACAUGUCAAUUUCGAGGACAAGGGGACAUACACCUGCGAGGCGUCCAACGGAGUGGGAACAGCCCAGUCCUAUUCCAUAAACCUGAAAGUACAUGCCGUGCCGUAUUUCACCAUUGAGCCAGAGUUCGUGAGCGCCGCGGAGGACGAGACUGCCACGAUCACGUGCGAGGCCAGCGGAGAUCCCGUUCCCGAGAUCAAGUGGAUCCACAACGGUAAACCGAUAUCUGAAGCGCCGUCGAACAGCAGGAGGAGUGUCACGCGGAAUUCCAUUACCAUCGCGAGGCUGGUGAAAGCAGACACCGGGAAUUACGGGUGUAACGCCACCAACUCGUUGGGAUACGUUUACAAGGACGUUUACGUGAACGUGUUGGCGCUCCACCCGGAGAUCACACAACCGCCCAUGAACUUCAGCACGGUCGACGGCAAAACUGUCCGCAUUACGUGCCGCGUUUUCGGCGCGCCUACUCCCGAGGUCAAGUGGGUCAGAAACGGACAAGAGUUGACCGGCGGUCGCUACAAGAUUUUGAAUAUUGGCGAUUUGGAGAUCGAGAACGUGAUAUUCCUGGACAGCGGUACUUACGCGUGCUACGCCUCUAACAAAUUCGGGGAGGUGAACGCGUCCGCCACCUUGGACGUGAAGGAGCACACUAGGAUAACGGAUAAGCCGGAGAGCUACGAGAUCGUGGCGGGCAACACUGCCACGUUCAGGUGCAACGCCGUUACCGAUCCCAGUCUACCUCUGACUAUAGACUGGCUGAUCAAAGACCAACCAAUAGAUUUCGAGAUGGAGCCGAGAUUCGUACGAAGUUCCGAUUAUUCUCUGAUGAUCACAAAGACGACCGAAUUGGAUUCCGGUGAAUAUACGUGCGUCGCUCGCACUGAUCUCGACGAGGUGCGGGUGCACGCGACGCUGACAGUUCAAGACGUACCUAACGAGCCGCAAUUAGCUGACGUCGCUUGCAAUACCAACCUAUCCUGUGAUGCGAUUGUUAAAUGGCAACCUAUGGGGGACAACAGAUCUCCCAUUCUGCACUACACGAUCGAGCACAAUACCACCUUUACACCCGAUACCUGGGAAGUAGCCAAGGAGUACAUCCCAUCUACUGACCUAGAGUACAAAGUGGCUUUGUCACCUUGGGCUAAUUACACGUUCCGCGUAAUUGCGAAGAAUAAAAUAGGCCCUUCUGUACCGUCACCACACAGCGUGAAAGUUUGCAACUGCAAUAAGCCUGUCGUUCCUUAUAAAAAUCCAGGCAAUGUUAUGGGCAGGGGUACAACGCCGCAAAAUUUGGUUAUUUCGUGGACGGCUAUGCCGCAGAUAGAUCACAAUGGUCCCCAAUUUUAUUACAAAAUAUAUUACAAAAGAGAUAUACCGGGCGAGAAUUUUGGUGAAUCUGUGAAUAUAUAUGAUUGGAGGAAAAAUAAUCUGGUUGUGGAAAAUCAACCCACUUAUCAAAGGUACAAAAUUCAGGUCCAGGCUGCGAAUGUUGUCGGUGACAGUAACGCUACACUCAAUGAAGUAACCGGAUACUCCGGAGAAGACGUACCCAUGCAAGCACCCGGCAAUUUUACGUUGAAUCAAGUUAAAUCGGGUACAGAGGCUGAGCUGUCGUGGAGCCCGGUGCCCGAGGAAUCGGUAAGAGGCAAAUUGCAAGGAUAUAAGAUUCAAACGUGGACGGAGAAGAGCGGUGAGAAGGAAAUGCGCGAAGUUGAGAUUCGCGGUGGAGAUAAAACGCACGCGGAAAUCACAAACUUGGUUCCAUACAGCAAGAACUUCGUGAGAGUACUCGCUUACAACGGCAGGUACAACGGUCCCUCGUCCGAGACUCUGUCGUUUGACACACCGGAAGGGACACCAGGGACAGUGCUCAGUCUAGAAGCCUUCCCCAUGGGAUCCAGUGCGUUGUUCCUGGUGUGGACGCGGCCCGCGGAACCGAAUGGUGUUUUAACCGGGUACAGAAUCUAUUAUCAGGUUGUCAACGGCACAAAGUUGGGAACGUUUCUCGAGAGAAAGCCGCAUAUUAUAGAUUCACAAGCUACGAGUGCCAAAUUAGCCGCGUUAGCGCCUGAUACGAUGUAUCGCGUUCACAUACGUGCCACGACCAGGGUCGGUGAAGGCAAUGACUAUUUUAUCGAGCAAAAGACGCGGAUGUCUCAACAACCUGACACCCCACAAUUUACGUGGGAAACUGUACCGGUGGAGAAUGGAUAUUCAAACGUAAGGAUCAUUUGGUUGCCGAAUUUGAACGGUAACCCGGGAAGUCAUUUCUUCGUUAAGUACAAGCUGAAAGGCGAAACGAUAUCCUUGAUGUCGGACCCCGAGUUCCAGUCAAACAGUAUUGUGAUUCCCGGUCUUCAAAGCGGUGAGGUCUAUGUGAUGUCAGUUGUCGCCGUCGACGGAAACUACAUGAGCGAGAGUGCUCCCCAGGAAGUAGAGACGAGUAGCGAAGGGCCCAUUAUUCAACCGAAGGAAAAUGUUGCGACGGCCGGUUGGUUCAUAGGCAUGAUGCUCGCAAUCGCUAUCCUCCUUUUGGUGCUGAUAAUCGUUUGCGUGAUUAAACGUAACCGAGGCGGAAAGUACGCGGUGCACGAGCGCGAAUUGGCUGCCGGGCGCGGGGAUUAUCCCGACGAGGGUGGAUUCCACGAAUACUCGCAACCGUUGGACACCAAAUCGGCCGGCGGACGCGCGUCCUUGGCGUCUUCUUCCCAUCAGGAUGGUAAACAUCCUGAGUCCGAUACUGAUUCCAUGGCGGAGUAUGGCGAUGGUGAUACAGGGCGUUUUACGGAGGAUGGAUCCUUCAUUGGACAAUACGGACCUAAAGGUAGACCAGAGGAGACACCACCUAUUCCGACUGGUACUAUGGCCACGUAUGUGUAACAUCCGCAACUAACUUAAUCAAAGCCGCAUAAAAAAAUUUUUUUUUUCUCGUUACGGUUAAGGAUCCUCCCGAUCCUCGGCUAUUGCAGCAGCUCUGCUAUGCACCUUGCGCUGGGCGCAAUGUCCAACACUAUACUGCCAAUUAGACUCUGGGUUUUGGGUUUUAUAGUUUCUGUAGGAGCCACGCGACUGUACUUCACAAUCAUUCAGAUCACUGUAGAUCGUCAAUAAGCAACAAACGUAAAUCGAAUUAAUACACUACAUUCCAAAUUUGUUUCAACAUACAUUUGUUUUAGGUGUACAACGGAAGUAGUACAUAAAAGAUUAAGUUAUGGUUGUAACAAUUAUUAUUUACCUUGUAUACAUUAUUGCAAGUGCUGACGAUCAACACCAUAUCUCUAUUUUAAUUAUAAAACCCAAGAACAUUAUAGGUGUUUCAUAGCGUGCAAGCUAUUUAUGGAAAUAGUAUUGUAGAACUAUUCUAGCAUUGACCGUAAUAUCUUUGACAAAGCCAGGUUGGAUUUAGACACUCCGAUUGGUGACUAUGCGAAUUGCAUUCGUUAUUCCAAACUCUCGUGCAAAUGCGAAGUGCUUUUAAGACUGCAUGUAGUAUUCAAUGUUUUAUAAUCCAGUUACUAAAUUUCACGCGUUGGUUUUUAACGUGUGUAUAUACAUAUUUUAAUAUAAUGACCAAUACACUGCUACAAUUACAACUAUUUGAAAAUUAAUUUUGUUAAAAGUAAAAAAACGUCGCUUAUUGCGAUACAAGAAUCACUUAUAAAAUAUUUUGUUUGUUUACGCCAAAGUCAUUUCUUUAUUUUUUGUCAUUAGAAAUUUGCUUUUUUCUUUUUGUUCAAGUAAAUUUGUGAAUUUGCCCUUUAUGGACACUGUUAACAAGAGAAGCGUUUUGCGAUAUUGAAAUAAUCUAAUCAAGAUACGAAUAAUAACACGUAAAAGUCAUUUCAAAAUAUGUAUUAAAAAAAAGAUAACGUUUAAAAACCAUUUCAAACUACUUAUUAAAAAUAAGAUAUCUUCCGUGAUAAGAAGAUUAGACAUAAAAGUUAUAUAGAAAAACAAUUACUUUUAAGACUCCUGGGUACUCACUGCAGUGUCGUUUCAGCACAUUUUCAAAAUACUCCAGUAACUGACCUUUUCCCUUGGCAGUCAUAAAAUGUGAAUGUACGCUUGCGCGACUAAAGCUUUGUGUCCACGAUCCAAGAACUUGGAUACAGUUCUUGGAUCGUGGACACAAGGCUUUAGGAACCUUGUUACAUUUACAUUUUAUGGCUGUUUAUCAGCUGCCAAGGGAAAAGGUUAGUUACCGGAGUAUUUUGAAAAUGUAUACUGAACCGAUCUAGAGUAUCUUUUUAUUUAAAUAUCUUGUUAUUUUUUUUUAUAAAGCGCAAGAAUUCUCAGCGUGUCAUUUCUCGGUUCUGACAUCAUGAUUCCAACAUGGCUGCAGUAAAUGCCCAGUGGAUACCCUGUAAUCAGAAACGAUUCUACGAUCGUAGGAGAGUGAGAUAGCCAAUGUUUCUCUCUCACCCGCGGAAAUUUGACGAACUCUUGUGGCCAGUUUCUGAUUACAGGGUCUCUAGUACCCAGGAGCCUUAAAACUGCAAAAUUCAAUUUCUUUUACUACAGUAACAUGUUAUGCCGAGCAACUAUAUUAAAAUUUGUCCACAAGGAAUUAAAUCCUAAUGCCUAUAUUGGAAGUAUCUGCAACAAUGACUUAUUUCUAACACGCGAUUAGCAAAAGUGAUCGCUUUAAAUGGAGCAGAGUGGCGAAAUGUAAUCUUCAUGUUAAGUUAACAUAACGCGCUUGCGUUAAAAAGAAAAUGAAUUCGAUAAAAAAAUGUUUUACCAUUUCAAACGAGUAAAUAGAAUUCAAUUAUUAAUAUUAAAAAUAACUAUAAUACAAUGUGUGAAUCUUAUAUAAUAUAAAAUUGAAAUUGAUCUGAUUUGAAAAAUAGGAAAGACUCAAUAAGUUAGUGAGUGCCGCUGUUUACAUGCAAUCUUGAAAAGUAAAAGUAUAUAUUGUAGAAGGUAGUGUCGCAAUCUGGCUUCGACUGAUUUUAACUUUAAUCUUGUAAUGGACAGUUACACUAAGAACCUUUAGUCGCGAUCAAUUUUUACUCUGCCGAGAAAGGGCCAAAUCUAAAUGAACGAAUAAUAAUCUAUAAUUAUCAUGCACUCUCACACUUUCAUUAUUAACAAACACACUCUACACACACGUGGGCGCGUGUAUGCGCGAACAAUAAGGAUACGCCAGAGAGAUAGUAAAGAGUAAAGUACUAUUAAAGAGAAGAUUGUAUAUGCACUAUAAGUAGGUAACAAAAAA